AAAGCAUUCAAUUUCACAUGAUAUCCUCAAAAACUUUACUCACUGUUUUUCACAACUGUUAAACUUUAGAGAAUUACGGCGUGUACGAGAUCUUUAUUUCUCAGUGGCGGUGUCCAAACAGACAAAGCAUCAAUAUCAGAUAUCAUGUACUUUCACUUGAGGAGGUGGCAAGAUAUAGCAAGAUUAUACUGCUCUAACCGACUUGGCUCCCAUGCAUUGUGACUUGAAUAGAGUCAUCUGUGCUUUCAAUACGGUCGACCGUUGGGUGCCAAUGGUCGAAGAGAUUUCAGAAAAGGUUAGCUCUGCGGGGUGGUAAACUCUUGGUAACCUUCACUACCUUAUCAUUCCCACGCUGUCAGACGUGAGAUAAGAGGUGCGUCCUACAGCCAUAUUUAUACAAAUAUUUGUGUUCAUUACAUCGGCAUCUCAUUUAUGAAGUGUACCAGCAAACUAUCCGUACUAGAAACUUCAAAACAGCCAUCCAAAAUGUUAUCCAACAUUCUUUCUGUUGCCGCUACUGCAGCACUCAUCUCAGUGUCUGUGGCAGAUUCGACUCCUCAUGCUGCUGGUGCUCAAGGCUCUGUCAUGGGACCAGUUGCAUUCCUAUGGCCUGCCGAUCGUCCGUGGUCUGCGGAUGCUGAUAAUACAGCGCCAUGUGGAAGCAGUUCUGGGGUUGGAGCCAGAACCCAAUUUCCUCUCGGUAUAUUUCACGUACUUUUGUCAAGAAAGACAGCAAAACUAAUCCUGAUCGUGCAGAUAAUGGAGCAGUCUCUCUCUCUAUCGCAGAAGAGGCUUACCAAGUCGCCUUUCGCAUCGCUUACAACAAUGGUAAACCUACUUCGAGUCCUAACUUACAUCCCAACUAAUUCUAUCUACAGAUCCCUUGACCGCGAGCGCUUUCAGUGAACAAAUUGUCCACACAGUCGAAGAAGUCGACCCAGGUCAUCAAUGCUACCGAGUCCCAAGCACUCCCAUGAACAUCACAUCCGGUCAAAACGCAACCAUCCAACUCGAAUACUGGUCUUCAUACCAGGAGGGAUCUCGACAAUCAUUCUAUGCCUGCGCUGAUGUCGUAAGUAGCCUCAUCAUAUUAUUCAAUCAUCUCACUGACUGAAACAAACAGACCCUCGUCGAUGCCUCUGCUUUCGUAGGCUCCAUCCCAUGCUUCAACGUCACAUCUACCGAUUUCGAGCCACCUGUAUCUGCGACUAAAGAACAUGGGCUUUCCACUAGGGCCAAGGCUGGUAUUGCUGUUGGUUCUAUUGUUGGGGGUUUGGGGUUGCUUGGGGCUAUUGCCUUUGUGCUUUUCAGAAAGCGAUCGAAGGCUAAGAGGGAUCUCGAGGCUACGAAUCAAUUCUCUGUUGUUGAGAAGCAGAGGGCUGCUUCUAUUGCUUCGGGAGAGACGCAGGUGGCAGCUUGAUUGGCUGCAGGAAAGGAAAGAUAGAGUAUUAAUAAGUGGAGGACUGGGAUGGAUGAAGGAAACCUGUGUGAUGGUUGAUAGUUGCUUACGAUUUAUGACGAUUGGAACUUGACAAUAACGCACUUUAUGAAAAUAUCUUUCAAA